UGGCAAAAUGCGAUAAGCGGAAAAAGACGCACGCGGUUCAGUAUUACGCAUUAUAAAUGAACUGCCAUUCCGCCGUGCCGGCGGAGUCGACGCCAUGGCCGCCGAGCUCCGCCUCUACCCUAUCUCUUCUCCGGCAUCCCCACCGCCCGGAAUCACCCGCUGCCUACUCGUCGGAAUUCGUUUCCAACCAUUCUUCUCUUCUAGUGCACCCCUUCCCUUUCCCGCCGCACUUAAUCUCCUGGCUAGAUCCUCAGACCGUCACCUCUAUCGAACCUUUCUUUCAGGAGGCGGAAGUCCCGGCGGACCUCGCCACCGCGGCGGCGGUUACGGCGACGACAAUGGAUUUCACGACGAAAAGCCCGAGCGAUCAGAUUCAGUAGGCCCAAUAGGGCUUUUCAUCAAUGGCUGGCGAUCAAGGGUUUUGGCUGAUCCUCAGUUUCCUUUCAAGCUUCUGAUGGAGGAACUCAUUGGCGUCAGUGCCUGCGUGUUAGGUGACAUGGCUUCCCGUCCUAAUUUCGGCAUUAAUGAACUCGAUUUCGUGUUUUGUACCCUUGUUGUCGGCUCUAUUGUUAACUUUGUUUUAAUGUACCUCCUUGCUCCUACGGCCGCUGCCUCCUCUACUGCGGCUGUCGUCACCUCCCUCCCGAGCUACAUGUUUGAGUCCGGGCCCUUUUCCCUAAUGGACCGAAUCGGCACUUUCGCCUAUAAGGGCGCCACGUUUGCUGCCGUCGGCUUUGCGGCUGGGCUUGCUGGUACGGCGAUUGCGAAUUGGCUGAUCGCGUUGAGGAAGAUGAUGGAUCCAGAGUUCGAAACACCUAAUAAGCCGCCGCCGACGGUGCUAAACGCGACUACUUGGGCGCUGCACAUGGGAUUGAGUAGCAAUUUUAGGUAUCAAACGCUUAAUGGGUUGGAGUUUGUGAUGGAGAAAGCGGUUUCGCCGGCGGCGUUCAAGACUUUGGUGGUGGUUAUCCGAUGUUUGAACAAUGUUCUCGGCGGGAUGUCAUUUGUGAUGCUCGCUAGGUUGACAGGCUCGCAGAAGGUGGCGAUAGAGGAGGAGAAUAUGGUACAGAAGGAGAGGUUAAUGCGAGAUCGUGCGGUGGUUUUGACGGCAUCUUCAGAGGAUGGAGAAGCAGAGUUGCAGAGUAACGAGUCUCGGACAAACAAGUGAGAUUUUUACUGCUUUGGUUAUCAGAUUCUCUUGAACAGUAAAACAUAUGCAGUUGUGUAUGUCUACUUUCUAUAUUCGAGUAGGAAGUGGAGGGUUGAAGCUGCAAUGUAAACUUUUAAAUUUUUUUAUUUUAAAAUUUUGUGAGGCUCCAUCAUCAUGCUUAGAAUUUUAUUGAUAAUUUGAUAUAAUCCUGAUGUUGGCUGAUUUUAUUAACAUAAUUAUAAUCCCAUCAAGUCGUUUUUUUUGUGUUUUAGCU